AGAAAAUGGAAAAAACAAGCAUGUUACAAGCAUUGCUAGUCCUUCUUGCGGUGCUUCAGCUUCUGAGUGCCGCCGCCGCGGGUUCGACCGCCACGUCGUACUCGGACUUCCAACACUUGAACGUGAGAGAAGCCCUUGCGGCCACAAAAGCCCUCCCUCCCAAAAUAAACGAGUACCACGACUUCUUCAACAAGCAUGAAGUGGGCGAGAGCGAGAGCGAGCAUGAAAGCAAGUACAAGCUGAGGCUGCUCCACAGAGACCAAUUACGUUCCGCCAGCUCCCACCGUGACUCUCAUUCCCUCCGAUUCCACGAUCGGAUGAAGCGGGACGCGAAACGGGUGGCCGGGCUCUUCCGCCGGUUGUCCGGCCACGGAGCCGCCGGCAGGGACGGUGGGGCCGCCGCCUUUGAGGUGGUGGAGGAUUUCGGAUCCGACGUGGUCUCCGGCAUGGAUCAAGGGAGCGGUGAGUACUUUGUGAGGAUAGGUGUCGGAAGCCCGGCGAGGAGCCAGUACAUGGUGAUCGACUCGGGCAGCGACAUAGUGUGGGUGCAGUGUCAGCCUUGCAGCCAGUGCUACCACCAGUCCGACCCGGUCUUCGACCCGUCCGAGUCCGCAUCGUUCUCCGGGGUGUCGUGCGGCUCCACGGUCUGCGACCGCCUCGAGAACGCGGGCUGCCGCUCGGGCCGGUGCCACUACGAGGUGUCCUACGGCGACGGGUCCUACACCAAGGGCACGAUGGCAUUGGAGACCCUCACCUUCGGGGGGACCGUGGUCAACAACGUGGCGAUCGGGUGCGGGCACAGAAACCGGGGCAUGUUCAUCGGCGCCGCCGGCCUGCUAGGCCUGGGGGGCGGCUCCAUGUCCUUCGUCGGCCAGCUCGGCGGGCAGACCGGUGGGGCCUUUAGCUAUUGCCUGGUGAGUCGGGGCACCGAUGCGUCCGGGUCAUUGGAGUUCGGGCGCGGGGCCGUGCCAGUCGGAGCUGUUUGGGUCCCGCUAAUCCGCAACCCCCAGGCGCCGAGUUUUUAUUACAUUGGUCUAGCGGGCCUCGCCGUCGGCGGCAUCCGGGUUCCCAUAUCCGAGGACACCUUCCGCCUCAAUGAGUUGGGAAACGGAGGAGUCGUCAUGGACACGGGCACGGCCGUGACCCGGUUCCCCGCGCCCGCCUACGCGGCGUUCCGCGACGCCUUCGUCGCCCAGACGACGAACCUCCCGCGAGCCGCGGGGGUGACCAUCUUCGACACCUGCUACAACCUGUACGGCUUCGUGACGGUGCGGGUCCCGACCAUCUCGUUCUACUUCUCGGGCGGGCCCAUCCUGACGCUUCCGGCGAGGAACUUCCUGAUCCCGGUGGACGACGCGGGCACCUUCUGCUUCGCGUUCGCGCCCUCCUCCUCGCCGCUAUCCAUCAUCGGGAACAUACAGCAAGAAGGCAUACAGGUUUCCUUUGAUGGAUCUAACGGGUUCGUUGGUUUUGGGCCCAACGUUUGUUAAGUGAAGAAUUGUAAAAGUAAGUUAAUGGGUGAAUUUUGCUAGCCUUAGUACAUAAAGUGUAGCAUAUAGAUGAGAAGUGAUGUAUUAAAGUCUGAUUAUGGGGGGUGUUUAUGCAAUGUUAUGAGACUAGAGAGGUGUAAAAGCAACGUUUUUUUAACUCCCCACUUCACUAUUGUCAUAAAAAUCCUGUCUUUUUGCCUUUU